CGUCGCGUUCGGUCCUUGGUUCUGCGUCAGAAAUUUCUGCCCAUCAGAGCUAGGAUACACUGCACUGCGGAGUGUGAGUGAAAGUGAGUGAGAAGUGGGAAUCAAGGUUAAAAACAGUGGAGUGAGCCUGUGGUUUCGAGUUCUGUUUUCUUGUGACCCAUUGUGCCAACCAUUUUCCUGAAAUAAGAAAGCCGGAAGUAUUUUCCAAUUUGUCUCCAGUCUGUGGGGGAGCACGGGACCCAGCUAUCGGUCGGUUCUUGCACAACUGGUUACACAGCAUUGUCGCAGUGCCUUCAAGCCGAACAAAUUGAUUGUGGAAUAUCAAGCAUACUGAUGAGUGAUUCCGACAACGGAUUGGAACCAAGUACAAUAAUUGUGUUUACGUUCGUGCGUGCGUGCGUGCGCGACACGGAUCUGAAGCAGUAGCAGCUGGGGCCAUCAUCGAAAGUUCUCCAGUUAUUUUGCCUAUCGUCAACUCUCAACCCACAACGACGUGGUGUUCAACGCACGGUUGCAAAGAUGCUCUAACUAGGAAGGAACUCGAACCGCGACGAAACGAGAGCUGCCGACGACGAGAGAAAUAUCUUUCGGAUUGCCACUCAUCAACGUGCGUGCUCGAACACGGUCGGAAGGUGUGAGUGUACUCACUCGUAGCGAAGUGUUUCACAGUUUGUUAGUUGCACCACCGAAUCAGUGAUUUUCGUGAUCGCAGUGAGUUAGGUUCAAUAUUCAUCUCCCGCAUCUCCGUUGGUGUUUGGCUUUGGCGAAUUAGUGCAGUAGUGUGAGGAAAGCAUCUUUUCCGUCCACUUGGAUACUGUUUUGAACACAAGAACGUUUCGUGGGCGAUCGUUUGGGUUACUGGCAGUGCCCGUGACAAAGUGAGGUAUUUAAUGUGUAAUUUAUUGUUACAGUCGAAAAUCUUAUUAAGUUGAGGAUUACUGCCAAGAAAAGAAAGAAGUUGUGAGCAGAUAGGAGCUUCAAUCGUGUUGUUAUUGUUUCAUAACAGUGGGUGUUGCUUUCUGUGUCGCCAAAACGAAAAAAAAAACGAAUUAAAUUUGGAUGGAUAAAUGUACGGUGCACACCAAUAUAAUCGGGAAAUUAAUGGUUCGGUGGUAAAAUUAUGAAUUAAUGGUCCAAAUUUUAACCGUUUAAAAAAUACCGAGUGAAACAACAAAAAAAUUCUCAGCUAUGGAUAAAUACCACGAUCGUAUAUCAAAAGCGAAAAUUCGAUAACGCUGUGCAAACAUUGAAUUGUAUUUCCGUGCCGUGUUUGUUGUGAAUGUGAAGAGAUAAAAACAGCCUGUCAAACUGUGACAGACCGUGUCUACUUUUUUCCUGUACUGAAAACAUCUACCCGUCGGGUGCUGGCUUUCAAUAUCGGAUUUCAUCAUCGGUUCGGAAAGACACGUGCAACCCGUCACCGGAGUCUAGAGAUUAGGUCCAAACUCGAAAUGGAAAACUUUUCCCCUUCACUUGCGUCAACACCCGGAUAUCUGCUGAUGAAAGUGUUUGUGCCAGAGAAAAACGACAUCCAGAUCUGAACAAGUUUGGUGCAAAACCAAGGACUUUCUAGGGCUUGUGUUUGUCUUAACCAGCCGACGGUUGUAGGAAAAUUAAAUUGGUAAAAAGUACCUAUGCGUACACGGUUGGCGGUGCAUUGGUGGAAAGUGGAAAAUUGCAAAGUGAGUGAGCGGUUCAUUUUCACUGCAUCGCCGCCGUCACGGUACGGUUUGUGUAACGUCUUUCAUCUGGCGAAAGUUGUUUGAUAGUGAGCAAAGACUGCUGGAAAGGAAAAUAAAAAAAAACAAAAAAAAAACAAGCUAUUAGCGUAUAUCGCGAAACCUUCGAAACAGAACACAACAUCAACAGCUGGUACAGCAACUCUACAGUCACGAGGAAAAUCAUCAGCCGCAGCUAUAAUCCACAUUCAAGAUAAUAUGGCGACGGCAGCUAACGUGUACAAAUGGGAAAAACUCUCGCCAAGUGAAUUCCAGCAGCUGCAAGAUCUUGCCUCGUAUUCCUCGAAAAAGCUGCAGAAUGUGCUCCAGGAGUUUUGCUCGCCCACGACUCCAUCAGCAACACGAUUUCAUCCGGAUGGGGACAUUGACUAUGAAGGAUUUCGCCGAUUCCUGGAUGCAUUUCUUGACUGUGAAACACCCGAGGAGCUCUCAACGCACCUGUUCAUAUCAUUCCUAAAGCCGGCCUUGUACCAGUCCCAGUACAGUCAUGGCAAGGCUCUCAGCCAAAUGGCUGCGAUAAGCAGCAACGCAGCAUGCGCCCCAGUGACGUCACACAAUCGGGGGUCUAUCCCCAACCUGAACAACGUUAUCGACUUACCGACACCGCUACCUUCUCAGGAGUCACAGCGGAACAGUUUCGUGGAACGGAUACACGGCAUCACGGACAAGCUCCAGUCUUUCGGUCACCUGGGGCAUGAAUGCAGCGAUCGGCAGGGCAAGUGCGGUACGGUACACCCGAUGCUGACAGUGACACCGAGUUCGAUGGGUGGCAGCACAUCGAUCCUGCAAGCUCCGUUCCGGCGGUCGGCCGACUCGAGUCCGUCACACAGUCACAGUCACAGUCACUCGCAGAUUUCACGUAACUCGUCCCGCAAAAGCAACAAUUCUGUCAACUGCCGGAUCGAAGAUAUCCGAUUGCUGCCGCGGAAACAAUCCUUCCUAGAUCCGCUCCUGUUGAAGGUACCACUGAAGGAUGUCGUGUGCUACUUGUCACUCUUGGAGGCUGGACGGCCGGAAGAUAAACUAGAGUUCAUGUUCCGGCUAUACGACACCGACAGUAAUGGUGUGCUGGACACCACCGAAACGGACGCAAUCGUAAAUCAAAUGAUGUCCGUCGCGGAAUAUCUCGGAUGGGAUGUGUCGGAACUGCGCCCGAUCCUGCAAGACAUGAUGACUGAAAUCGACUACGAUGGUGACGGAUGUGUAUCACUGGAGGAAUGGCAACGGGGAGGUCUGACCACCAUUCCACUGUUGGUGUUACUCGGCGUCGAUAACACGCUGAAGGAGGAUGGCUACCAUGUUUGGCGGUUGAAACACUUCAGCAAACCAGCAUACUGCAACAUGUGCCUGAACAUGCUUGUCGGUCUCGGCAAAAAGGGAUUGUGCUGUGUGUUGUGUAAGUACACGGUUCACGAGCGGUGCGUCCAGCGGACGCCAGCUUCCUGCAUUGCCACCUACGUCAAGUCGAAAAAAUCGAAAACCACUUCAACCUUCCAGCAUCACUGGGUCGAAGGGAACUGCUACGGCCGGUGCUCCAAGUGUCGAAAACGAAUAAAAGCGUACAAUGGCAUUACCGGAUUAACUUGUCGAUGGUGUCGGAUGAUGCUCCACAACAAAUGUGCCUCCCUGGUAAAAGCUGAGUGUGGUUUGGGUGAAUUCGCGAACCUGGUACUGCCUCCAACCGCCAUCUGUCCUGCCGUAUUGGACCGACAAAAAUCUAUCAAUAUUGCGACCAAUCGGGGGAAGAGCAUACCUUCUACGAUACACUUCCAAAUAACCGCCACUGCAAACACCUGUCCGCUACUAGUGUUCAUAAACCCGAAAAGUGGAGGUCGCCAAGGUGAUCGCAUUCUGCGGAAGUUCCAGUACCUGCUAAACCCUCGGCAAGUGUAUGACCUAUCGAAAGGGGGGCCCCUGGAGGGUCUUACCAUGUUCAAGGAUGUACCGAAUUUCAAAGUGAUAUGCUGUGGUGGUGACGGUACCGUCGGUUGGGUACUGGAAGCAAUGGAUUCCGUCGAACUGCAGUGCCAACCAUCGAUCGGAGUCAUCCCGCUGGGAACGGGGAACGACCUGGCGCGGUGCCUGCGUUGGGGCGGUGGUUACGAAGGUGAGGGUAUCCCGAAGUUACUGGAUAAGAUUCAACGAUCCUCGGUGGUUAUGCUGGAUCGGUGGAGCAUAGAGGUUAAGAACCAUCCGAUAACGGGUGAGGACACACCGGCGAUACCCACUCAGAAGGUACUACAGGUGACACUAUCGGAAAAUGUGCAGAAAGUUAUAGAGCUUUCGCAAAGGAUAAUUGUGGAAAAAUCUGUGAUUCAAACGUACGACGAGGUUAAAAAUAGUACAAAAGCUACCGAGAUAUCUAUGGAAAAUACAAAACGUGUCAUUCUAAGUGACAAUAAUAAAUGCGAGCAACAGCAACACUCAACCACCAUGACGUCGUCGUCGUCAAUAGAAGAAAUGAUUCAGCAAACAACGGCCACCAUCAACGGGACUGUUGCCAAAGAACUGCCUCGCUUGGAAGCGCUCGUUAAUAGCACCAGCAGCUACGAGUGCCGCAAGGAAAUCCUCAGCGGUGACAAUGAUGACAGCGGUAAUCAUAAACCACAGCCACCGACGGUGAAGAGUAAUGCGGUCAACGGCGACAGCCAUGAGAACGAAGAUGACAUCGAUCCUACCGACGAUAAGGCACAUGCUGUUGGAGCGCCGGAAAAACACUCCCGACGGCCGCAACUGUCCGGGGUCAGUGCCAAGGAGAAAAUUGUUGACCUACCCAAGUUGAUCAAACCGCAAGCUGCAUCGGAAUUCGCUGUACCGUACAAUAUUAUCAACAACUAUUUCUCCGUAGGUGUGGAUGCUGCCAUCUGCGUAAAAUUUCACCUGGAGCGAGAAAAAAAUCCACAUAAAUUCAACAGUCGCAUGAAAAACAAAUUGUGGUAUUUUGAAUACGCAACAUCGGAAACUUUUGCUGCAUCGUGCAAAAAUCUUCACGAGAAUCUAGAAAUUAUGUGUGAUGGAGUAUCGUUGGAAUUGGCCAACGGACCACAACUGCAAGGCAUUGCUCUACUUAACAUACCGUACACCCACGGAGGCUCAAAUUUGUGGGGCGAACACUUGUCUCAGAAGCGGAUGCGGAAGGGUCCGUUUCGUAAGAAGCUGAAAAGCUCGGAUAAGGAACUAUCGGCGAAUAGUUUCAAUUCGGUGGAUCUUUCAAUUGCGAUUCAAGAUAUUGGAGAUCGUCGAAUAGAAGUUAUUGGACUGGAGAACUGUCUUCACAUGGGACAAGUUCGAACGGGUCUCCGGGCAUCCGGUAGACGAUUGGCACAAUGUAGUGAAGUCGUGAUUACUACUAAAAAAACCUUUCCAAUGCAAAUUGACGGAGAGCCCUGGAUGCAAGUACCGUGCACGAUUCGACUAACUCAUAAAAAUCAAGUUCCAAUGCUAAUGGCACCGCGAUCUGAGAAAAGUGGUGGGUUCUUUAAUUUCCUGAAAAGAUGACUAUCAAAGAAACCCGACACGGAUACUCCAGCUAUCGACGCCUAGCAGAGCCUGUCCGACGCAUAAACGCGUCGUCAACAGCCUCCUAGAAUAUCCUAAAUCGUGUUGCGAUUUGCGAAUACACACGAAAGCAGAAUAUCGACAACUGAACAAUAGCUUUAAUCAGGAACCAAUACCAAAAAAUCCAGAUCAGAUUAGUAAACUUUUUACCCAGAAUAUAUACAAAUAUACCAUUUUCAAUGAAGUCCUUAAAUACCAGUCUGUAGAAAGAUGCUUUACCAAACAUCUACCGAUUAGAAAAAAAAGAAGCAACAACAAAUAACUUUAUUAUAACAGAAUUUCGUAUCGAAAUUCUGUUUAUAAACCGAAGGAAAUGAAUUGCUCUAAGACUAAACAUAUUUUCCCUUCUGCGUAUAUUUACAUAUUUAUGUUAGCACGUAAAAAUUAGACUAGCAAAGUGCACCACCUAAAACGAUAGAAAACGAAUCCUACCAAAUGCUCCUCAGGGAGAUCACCCAAUUUUACAAACUCGUAUCAUGAAUCCAAACUUAUUCGAACUUUAUUGCUUUUUCUCGUAGGGCGAAUCAAAACAAACAGUAGCAAAAUAAUCGUUAUGGUAGGUGGAUAAUUUUAACUAUGUUGAAUAUAGAUUUACCAAGAAUUUUGAAAGAGUGCGAACUGAGAGUGAAGGAGUAAUAAUAACCAUAUAUGUAUUUACGGAUUUAAACUGAAAGUCCUAUUUGGCUGUGUUUGAGUAUAUAGUAUCUGUUACUGGCAAACGUAAAACAAGAUAUUAUUACUGUUAUUAUGCUAUUACGCUUAUACUGAUGUGAACUACAAUUGAUAUCAUUAUUCUAAUAGAAACACUUCUCGAAAGAGUAGGGGAUAUGCUCGGUUUAUGUGCUUUAAUAUAAAUUUAAGUGACGAUUCAAGCUAAAGAGUAAGAAAGGUCGGUUGGAUGUGUGGUGGUUUUAGUUAUGCGUAUAAACCUUUAUUAAAUCUGUAUUUAUAUUUUAAACGGCAAUUUUUUCAUAUAAUUUUGUCUCCAUGGAGACACGACAUUCAGCUGCGCAAUGUAACGUAUUGUUCGUAGUGAAACAUGCGGUAAAAUACAAUUUUAAGUACAUUCCGUGAAGUAAAGUAUUCCGCCAACUUUGUUCAAUUGUCCUAGUGAAAAUUUCUAAGUUUCCAACGUUGUUUCCCUUCAAGUUACUCAGAUCUUCCAAUCAUGCAUAUUAAAAAAAAUUGUUAGUAUUUUUGAUUUGUUCUGCAGAGUAAAUGAAAUAUCGUUAACAAGCCAUCUAGACGCUGCCUAACUUCGAAGUAAAGUCUGAAAAAGAAUUGUAAGCGUUGUCAUCUUAUGUUUUAUACAGUCUGGUACAUAAAAACGUGAACAUUGAUAAAUACUACCUUGAACAAAAAGGUCCUGGAAUAUAUUCAGAAAAUUGAAAAUACAAGAUUAUUUAUCAAAAUCGAUAUAUCCCCUUCAAAGUACUCCCCAUCAGAGCUUAAAAUUCUCAUGCAUUCUCAAUAGCAAUGCCAAUCUAUGGAAAUGAUACUACUACUCAGUGCUGUCAACUGUUUUUUCCAAAAAUCUGUAUUUGGCGAAAAAAACUAUCUGUACAAUAUCUUUCUCGAAAAAUCAAACAUCAAUUUAGUGCGAAAACUGAUUUUGCGACCAAAAAAAAAAAAAAGGUCGCUCGACCUGGUUUACCCCUAUGGAAUCCAACACAAAAACUGAAAAUCGGUAUUUAUCUGUAUGAAAAUUGAAAUAUCGGUAUUUUGAGAGAGCAUAUCUGUAUUCCUGUAUCGAGUCCAAAAAUCGGUAUAAAUACCGAGAAAUCGGUAUAGUUGGCAGCGCUGCUACUACUAUCUGGCAUCGCUGCUGCAGGGAGCCUCAGCAGAAUUUCAAUUCUCAUUCUUUCACCGAUGCAUUGAAAAUCUGUGACGCUUGGCUAUAAAGAGUUACUAAAAUAUGACAAAUCGAAGUAAUUACAUCCCAGAAGCUCUUUGGAAACCAAACUACUACAAAUUCGAGCAACGACAGGUAAAAGUAAUCGUAAAAUCUUUUUCUAUCAGUUUUCGAUUCUCAUAGCUUUGGUUGAAUACUGACACUGUAUACUAUGGGAUUUUCACUGAAAACAGCAAAUGGCUGAAAGGGCCAAUGAAAGAAAGAACACAAUUUUGAAACUACUGCUCCGCUUAUGUCAUUGACUGCACCUGGACUUCGUUCUCAUAGCAAGAGAAGCUGAGAGUGAUUAAUUUCCUGUCGUUUUCGUCUAUUUUAGAUCAAUGAAAAUUAGUUUUAUUAGCUCUGCUCCCCAUCGACUACAACACACUUAUGCCUGAGCUUGAACCAAUCCUCGAAACAUUUUUUAUAUUCAGUUUUCGGUAUGGCCAUAAGAGCCAUCUGCGGUUUUUCCAUAAUCUUAUCUCGGGUGCUGAAACGCGUUCCACGGAGCAGUUUCUUGAGUCGACCGAAUAGGAAAAAGUCGCAGGGAGCCAAAUCAGAAUAAUUCGGUGGUUGUUGAAUGGAAUUCGUUUCGUUUUUAGCCAAAUGUUCACGGAUAACGAUGGCAUUGUGUGACGGUGCGUUAUCGUGGUUUCACGGGUUGUUUGCCCACAAAUGUUUCCAUUUUCGACGAAUUUCUUCACGCAAACGUUUCGAAACGCCCAAAUAAUACUCCUUGUUGACGGCCUGGCCUUGUGGAAGGAAUUUAUAAUACACAACACCCUUGUGUUCAAAGAAAGCUGUGAGCAUCGCCUUCUUUUUCGACUGAAAACGACGUGUUUUUCUCGGUCACAACUCAUUCGGUGUACGCCGUGAUAAACGACUAUUUUCUUCAGAGUAUCGUUACCGAAACACUUUUCCAGCAUUUGCAAUGUCAUCGCACCUUUUAAACCGUUUUUAAACGCAAAAUUUAAUGCAAACUUAUUGUUGCAAAUUCAAUUCCAUUUUAAAAACUGUACAAAGUCGAGGAAACGCACAAUCGCAGAUGUACUCAAUACAGUGUAACUGUUACAAAUGCCCAGGUAUCAAUCUGAAAAUUUGUAAGAAAAUCAAUGACAUAUGUGGCAACCCAAAAAAAAUCUAAUCGGGUGACUGAGAGUGCCACACGGUAGUGAUUCCGGGAACAUUUUGAUCAAGGUAGUAACAUAUAUUUUUCUAUGUCGCACAUUUGUUGUUUAAUUGACUGUAAACACUAAAUUCAAAUAACUCAGUAGCAAAUCCAGUUUCCUUCAGCUUCAAUUGUGGCCUGACACCGUAGAAGUAUACUUUGCAUAAAGUUUUCGCCAUAUUAUUUCAUAAACGAGCUCCGUGUACAACAUGACAUUUUGCCGCGGCUCGUUCUUGGCAAAAUAAUCGGUCGAAUAUGACAUGGUAUGAUUAUAUUUUUAUUCGGAAAAUUACGGUUUCUUUCGAAAUCAAAGCAUUUGUAUGACUUAAAUCUAUUCAAACUGCUUACAACUGUAAUUGCUAUGAAUUCUAUAUAUCAUAAAAACCCUAUUUACCCACUUGCUUACGAAUUACUGCGACUUUCCGAAGUAUUUGGUAGUAGCAUUCUUUUUUAUGCGACGAUAAAAAAUACUUCGUUCGAAUCACCAGUGAAGUUAUUCUGCUUCUGCACGAAAUUAACUAAGCGUUUCGCUAGUUGCGUUAACUUGAUUGCAGUGGUCGAAGAGUGACCAAAUACAAAUAAUAAUACCCCUAAGUCCCAUACAAACGAACCGCCAAUGUUUGGUUCACAGCCUGAACAAGUAAGCCUAGCAAAUUACUCCCUUUCAUUGCGAUAGUUUGAAAAUGUGGAAGGAGAUCGUUUCUGGCAACGCUUUAUGCUAGUUGAUACGGUGCAAAACAAACUUGUUUGUUUAUGUUUAUCGUUGCUGUAUUAAACUGCGACAAUCAGUCUAAAUAUCACCGGCACUUUGAUAACUCGAUAAAGUACAUUGUCACUCUGACAGUGUAUCAUGACAGUGUACCGCACGAUGCAAAAUGUGUCCUUGAAAAUUUGUCGAAGUAUUCCGUAAUAUAAUUUGUAUUUGGAGUGACUGCAUUCGCCUAUCGGCUAAUUCAACCAACUGAACUUCAUAUCAUAGAAAAAAAUUAUCUUCGCGAUUUUUUCCGUACGUAACAAUGGCCACGCUAUUAUGUAACAUAUUGUAUACCGAACAAAAUUGAUAAAAAGGGCGCUUUUUAAAUUUUGAAAUAAGUAUUGUAUUUAAUUCAAUUCUACCCGAUACCCGAUGUUUGAUCGUUUGACAAAAAAUGUUUCUUCUCAAUGAACAGCUCAUCACUUGCAACUUUAUUUUGAAACUAUAUCGAAUCUAGUAUGUGUUUGUAUUUAUCUGUGGAGAAAAUGGCUCAAAGUGUACCAAAUGUCGCGGAUUGGCGGUUCAAUUCAUAGAAAACUGCUCUUACCAGUUAAUUGUCGUAUGUUCGAGCCCAGUUUUGGAACGGUUCUUAGUUCUUAGGCUGUGAACCAUUUCGCGGUUAGUUUCAGCCUUUGGUUGAAAUCUGACACUCGAGCGGUUAUUUUGAUGUUGUCAAAAAUAACCCUGCUCAAAAGCAUGGUUAUUUUUGACAGAUCGACGAUUUUUUUUCCGGCUCUUUAGUUCUUUAGUAAAAUUAUCUCCAGUGCAAAACAAACCCAAACAACUUUGAAAUGGGCCUUAGUUUUAGUUAAAUUUAACUACUCGACACAAAUAACCGCUCAAGUGUCAGAUUUCAACAAAAAAUUAAUCGCGAAAUAGUUCACUGCCUUAAAGUUCUUAGCAUCAAUGGUUUGUGUAGUCCGUUGAAACCUAUUUAUACCUAUUAUUUCUUAUUCUUCCUUCCGAGUCACCCUUCUCGUCUUCUUCGCCCUGUUGAAUAAAUACCAACUUUACGUAUCGGUUACAGUGUUGCCAUGUUUACAGAUUUUUUAAUAACUUUUUAUGCAGCGAAAAAUAUAUUAAUCUCAUAUAAAUUUUUUAUCUGUCUUUGAUUUGAAACAAACGUGAAAAUGUUUUGAUGAAUGAAUUAUUUUUAUAAUUAAUAACGUUUCAAAACAAUUAACUGAGUAUAUUUCUGCUAUUGAAUUUUUUUUUGGGUUGUUUUUUAUCUUCUAUUAUUUUCAAACGAAGCUUCAAAUCACUUUAUUAAAAAAUGUUUAGAUUGCGACCACAAUGUACAACACAACACUUCAUUCUCCUCGUAAAAGUAAACACACGUUCGAUUUUUUUUAUUCAAUUGUAUAAUAUAUUUUUAGGCACACUGCUUAAGCUCUAAGAUGCCAAAGGUUUUUUUAUAAUCUUAAUUACGACUAACUUAAAACUAGAAUAGUAUCAUUAUGCAAUGUAGUAUCGGGGUAGCGGAUUCUCGAGAAUUCAGCUUUUCGCUGGCGAUCGGCAGUGGCCGGUGAAUUGAAUAUUGCAUGAGGGACUUCCUUAUGGCGUUGGUGAAUAUCCAUGUUGGCCGCAUCCUUCGGUCCGUGUGGGUCCGCGGGAAACAACCCCAGGCUACGAAGGCCCGCGGGUGGCCCGCAUGCUGAUCAUCGACGGAAUGCUGGUCAUGUUACGGAAGAGAAUGAAGGAGAAGUAAAUAUUGCGAAAAACGGAGUAAAAAGGGGGCGUGGGAACAAAAUGUCUAAAACGAUAGAGAUCUAAUUAGUUACCAUCGAGAUGGUGAAGAGACGGGGGAAGGGGGAACGAAAAAGUUAGUGACAAAAAAAAAGAUCUUGUUAGUUCCAAUGAAGACGGUGGACAGGGACGGGGAUCGAGAGAAUCGGGCGGAUGUUAGUGUCGAACCUGUAGGUGGAGAUUAUACUUUCUGAGCGAGGUAUAACAGAUUACACUUGUAUAUUAAUGUGUUUGAGGUACUGGUAUAUAAGAAACAUAUAAGAGAUAUCCCGACUAGCCAACACAUCUCGGACCGGAACUUCAGGUGGUCUACCUCGGGCCCUUAGGGAGUCCUUUAAUAAAGACCUGGUGUCGCGAUACUCCGUAAACGUCCAUACGACAUGCUCGAUGUCCUGAUAACCGUCGCCACAAGCGCAUAGACCGCUCUCCGCGAGUCCAAUACGCUGGAGAUGCGCGUUGAAGUAGCCAGUACAGUCUUUGUUAGAUGAAAGAAGAGACACACAAAUAUAGUUCCCGAAAAUUCUAUUAAAGUACAAUUACUUUCAAACUUUCAGGGGCUAAAUUAUAUUAUUAUUGUUAUGUUUGUUACGUCAUUGAGCAUCUUCUAUCAUGUCCGAAAAAAAUUACCUUGAAACUGUUCAUGCUUGUUUAGGCAUUUUUUGGGUCAUUUUGAUUUAACAAAUUUAACCACCCUUUCAAUAAAUACAGAUAAUUUUACAACACCCUUGGGGUUCGUCGAACUUGUGUCUUCGUAAAAGCCCAAUAUUUCUGGAUUGAGCUCAGCUGUGUCGUGUGGAAAGGAUUGCAAUCUUUAGGUACAAAAACAACAGGUUGCUCUGUGUCUUGCCUAGUUGUGGAACAAACAUUUUAACAACAAUUGAGUUACUAAACCCAUAUUUGUACCAGCUGACCUUUUUCACUUAGUGUCACCUAGUCGAUAAAAAAACAUAUUCGAAAAUAUCCAGUCUUCUUCUCUGUUCUAUGUACAAGAAAAUGAAAUGUGCUCGAAAUAAGUGACUCUAACUUUAUAUACGAUGCACCGAGAAUUAACUAAUACAUAUUUAAUGAAUUGAAAAAAAAUGAUACAUAAGUACGACAUUAUUUUAACUAUACAUGGUUUCAACAUUUCUACAAAAAUCAACAAUUUAAAGCAGAUCAUAGAAUGAUUGUUCAAUUAUAAAUGCAUACAAUAUGCAUUAAAUCAUAUUAUUUCUGCUUCGGAGACAUCACAGUAGCAGUUAACAAAUGACAUAUUGAACAUUUUGUACAUAGUAGAGUUCAAACAUGGUAUUAUAACGCAUCUGCAUAAUUACUAAGGAUACAAACUUUCGUCCCUAGAGAAAAAGUAUUCUUAGUAAUUAAUAUAUGGAUGAUGUAAGAACAUAAAAUUCUAAAGUAGUCUGAUAAGGAAAAACAAGUAUUACUAUAUAAAUUAAGAAUAUACUACUAUUUUAGUAAAAACUAGACUACGAUUCAAAGAUAUAGGGGAAAAUAAUCAAAAUGUGUACACCUAAGAAAAGUAUUUGUUAUGCAUAAUUUAGUUUGCUGACAAACAAAAACCUCAAAGUGAACCACUUUCUGAAUGGUUUGAGCAGAAUACUAACCUGUAUAUUCCUUGAUUUGUUAAAUAGUACGGUACCGCUUAGUUUUUAUUAUAUCAAACAAAGAUGACACGGAAGCAGCCGAAUGUCUCUGAAUAGUAGUUUCAGGCCUAAAUACUGUUUUUUAUAUUGUAAACAUACCGAAUAUGAAACCAAGCAUCUCUAUUGUAUUGCUUAGCAAAGAAAAGUACUAGGUAAAAAGGUAGACGUUGUGUGAACACUGUGUUACGGAAGACAUAGCUGUGUACAAGAAUACGCCCACUAACUGUUUGGUAUGCGGAAAUGCGUGUUAGCACAAGAGUAAAUUAAAUUGCUCUUUUUCAUUGCUAUUAUAGUAAAUAGUUCAGAUUUUUUUGCCAAUAUCAUUUAAGUUUCAUUAUGAUCUAUUGCUAGAAUAGCAGAUAUACAUAGCUUUGAAUAUCAAAAUCACACUUUCGGACCAAACGGGGAACUUUCAGUAGGGAUACAGAGCAUACAAAAAAUUAAGAUAAAAUGUUUUCUUUUCUCAUCGUCAUGGUUUACCUUACCUACAGUAGUUUUCUUGAAAUUAUUCCUAACAUAAAAUAUCAAAACAUGUCAAAAUUAUGAAUAGUUAAAAAAACUGUUAUGUCAGGGAUGAUUUUUACUUUCAUACUUCGGAAUCUAUAGAAUCAGUUUGUCGGAGGCUCGUUUUCUUGCAUUAAUCAGAAAAAUAUUACAAUCAAAAGAACACAAAUUCUUUUUCCGAUUUUAUAUAAUGUCAUGAUACCAUGCAGUAAAAAUAAGCUAGUUCAGUUGGUUUCUAAAUUAUUUUGUUCAUACUAUACUUAUUUUAAUUUCGAUUUCGAUUUUCUUUUCGUACCCUGGUUUAAUAGAGAAUUCCAAUGAUUUCAUAUAAUGUCGUUUCUUCAUCGAUUAUCGAGGCUUUCGGUCGUCAUUCGAUGUUUUAAAGCAAUGGAUGAAGUACAUUUUAAUAGUAACGGGAGUUAUUCCAAUGGCAAAUAAUAAUAAUAAUAAUAGGCUUUUGAUCUAGAACUUCGGAUUCAUAGCUUAACUGGGCUAUUAUAUUAUAUGCGAUAUUGUUCUUUACAAUACCCAGGAUCUAUGUACCGAAGAUAAGAGUGUAAAUGUUAUAUUUCACAUUGAUAUACUUUUCAAACAAGUCUGAUGCGUCUUACCAAAUAUUCAACCAACCAAAAGGAAUGGUUCAUUUAAAUGAAAGGAAUAGCUAAUGAAAUGUACUCCCCUUACCUAUCAGCCUAGUCCUGUGGAGUUCUUUGCUGAAUCUAACAAACGCUUUCACAUUUCCACGUUUGCCGCUCUUCGCCAGCCCCUCAAGGCCCAGAUACUUCGUAUAUCCCCCUCCACUUGAUCGAUCCACUUUGCUCACUGUGCUCCUCUUUUUCUUGUGCAUCCUUAUGACAUGUCCAGCCAAUCGCUGUCGUCUUCUUAUUUCUUCUGUACGUACCAUAGAUGAUUCUACAAACAACAAUCGUGAUUCAUACGCCUUCUCCACGGUCCGUCUUCCAUCUGCACUCCGCCAUAGAUGACCUUUAUAUCGAAAACACUUAAGGCGCGUUGGUCUUCGGCCAAGAUAGUCCAGGUCUCGUGACCACAGAGAACAACCGGUCUAAUGAUGGCCAAUUUCGUGUGGUAGUGUACUUUACUCGAUCGAAGUCCAAAGUACCCACGAUUUCCCGUCAAAACACGCCUCUGAAUUUCUCUGCUGGUAUCACUGUCGGCGGUUGCCAGUGAGCCCAAAUACACUAUCUCGUCAACCAUCUCGAUAUCGUCACCGUCCAUCAAUAUUCGUUUUUGGGAUGCGUAGUGUUUUUUCUUUAGAGCCUCUUCCUCUCGUGUAUUUUGUUUUCGACGCAUUUAUAGCCAGUCCGAUACGUUUAGCUUCGGCUUUCAGUCCAAUGUGUAUUUCCAUCAUCUUCUCAAAGUUACGUGUCACAAUAUCAACGUCGUCCGCGACACCAAAAAGCUUCGGAAGAUAGUACCACUAGUUUCGAUCCUUGCUCUUCAAAUCAUCUUUCAAAGCAAUUCGGAAUAAGAGACAAGAGAGUCCUCCGUUGGUUCAAUACGUUGAACCGUUGGUACGAUGUACCUUAUGAUAAAAAAAGAACCGGAAUUUUCAUUUUAAAAUUGUCCAAUCGCCGCACUAAAAUUUUUCAACUUCUUUGUAUAGACGCCAAACAAAAACUAAUCGUACGAUAUGCGUCAAAAUUUGACAGAAUGUGUAUAAAAGUGUUGCCAACGUUGAGAGAAUAAAAGUUUACCGAUUGGACAAGCGCGGGAAUUUAAAAAUAAGUUCCAACAAACUGAACGAACAUUUCGAUCAGGAUGUCGUUCAACAAACGCCCAACGUACAACGAGUUCUAACCGCUAUCUCAGUGGGAAGUUCUUGUCAAUUUUGAAUACUCGGCGGCAAAUGUUACUCUACUGCGAUUCUCCGCUGUUUACUAAUGUCAUUUUCGCUUUAGAAAACUGACCCAGGGUAUUUUCAUUAAACAAACACUUUUAACGAAAUUGUGUUGAUUUCGCAUUUAGCAACGGGGAUCUGAACAAACCUGAUAUAAAAACCAGGUUCGAAACUGACUCUAUUUUCAGUUCAACAAUGUUGAAACUAGGCGCGAAACUAGCUUCAAAGAAAUAGUUUGACAGCAGUUAGGGUGGAAACUGGGUUAUAACAAAACAAAAAUAAUAAAAUAGUGUAGAUGGUGGUUUUAAGAGUUUCGUGAUGGUCGAAACUCCACUGCGACUGUCAGUGUAAAAACUACAUAAAAUGGAGAUUAAAACCGGAGUAAAAUAAGCGACAAUAAUAAUAAUAUAUAAAAUUGCACAGGGUGACCGAAAAAAGAAAGUACGCUAGUAGGUCAUAGUUGGGCAAUAUUCUGCAGAUGAGACAGAUAUCCUGCCGCAGGAUCCCGCACAUACUUAUUUAGGACUAAAAAUACGAACGCAAGCGCACUUCGAAUACAUGUUUGGCUGGAUCCAUUAUUAUACGCCAGAGCAGAAUGAUUACCCGACAAUGGGCUGAAGUCACCUCAAAUUUUUUCAAGCGGCACGAAUACCUCAUGAUGUCUGUUUUCGGGGAUUGUCAUAAUAUACUUUUGGAGGAUCACCUCAAAACAGAAAUGCAAGUAUUAGCGUGCAUUAAUAUUUGUAUGGUCAUCAAUUAGCGUUUUCCGUUAUCCUCUAAUCGGAUUAAGAUAGCUCCUCGGACUGAAAUCUCUAUCAUCACAGGUCUUGUCGAUUGUUGUGCUCUAUAAGUGUACAUUUAGAAGGUCUGAGACAUAUGUGACAGAAAUUGCAUGACAGUAAAUGGAAAGAAAUGGCCGCUACUUCCAGAACCGAAAACCUGAAACAUUUUUGAAACGAGUGGAGAAUUUUUUUCUAUUUUAGAAAUUUUUUUACUUCUAAUCAAGGAUGGCUUUUAUCGUAUCAAAGAAUGCUCACUCUUCACUCUUUACAUGAUUGUAUCAGUGCCAUCAAAGAGAGACUAAUAUCAUCGCAACAACAAACACCCGGCAUGGCUCAUUUAACAUAGAAUAGACAUCAGUGCGAGAACGAAUUUUUUUCGAUGACAUUUCUGAUAAUCAAAGGUUAGCACGCUGCUGUGGGGAUCCUCUCUGAAGCAACAAACGGUCGCUUAUUCUCGUUUCGCGAUCCGAUUCUGUAUGGGCAGUGGAUAAUUGCGAUAGAAUCAUUUUACUAUUGCCGCUUAUUCUAACUAUGUGCAUAUAACCUUUGUAUAAGUAGUGUCUAUGAAGAUGUAUGUGAAUGCUCCACACACGGGGUUUUGAAAUAUUUCAUCCUAGUAUGAGAAACAUCAAGUUGAACCAUCGAUUCGAUUUUCUGCGAUAAUCGUCAACUUGCGAUCCUCUCUUGGGAAAUUCCACACAGCAACGAUCAUUAUCAGACUGUAUUUUUUUUUUCAAGGGCCGUGAAAUACUCAGAGUAUAAAGUAGAGCGAAGAAAUGUAGAAAAAUUCUCUCGCGGUUCAUGCAUUGAAUGACUCGAGUUCUUAUAGCAUCUUCUACCGGAUUGAAAAUGUUGUAUACAAUAUAGAGAGCAAUAUAGCAGCUUCUGUCAAAUGUUCGGCAAUCACCAACACUGCUUCUAAUGACGAUUUGAAGUUUCCAACCCUCAUCACCUUGCAUUUUCGGACCUAGAUGUUGUAUUUCAAUGAAAUCAAAUUUCAUACGGGAUAAUAACACCUUUCAUUUGAAUAUAAGUUCGUGAAAUAGGCAUUAUCUGAGAAAACGGUGCGAGUUACAUACCGAUGUUUUAACCGUUUUUUCCGAUACUUCAGGAAUUGGUGAAUUCAGCUGGCCCCUCCCGAAACUAAAUCCUGGGUACGGGCCUGGACUUAGUGAAUAAGUGAGAAAUACUGUGUAAAUUAUUCGGGAACAUGUGAGUCUGAUCUAGGGACGGUUUCUAAUGGAACAAACUAACAUCCGAAAUUUACUAGAUUCAUUCAAAACAAACUCUUUCCAUUAGCAAAUUGUAGAACUCAUUUAUCCAAAGUUUUGAAACCUAAAUUCGUAAUUUUAAUCCCUGAAUGAUUUUUAGCCUUCAGAUCUAUGUUAUUGUAGUUCUGUGUGUGUUCUCGAUAGUGACGUGGAAUAUUAUCUGAUUAUUACUGAAGCUAAAAAUAUACGAGCAUUCAUAAAUAUAUACCAAACUAUUGCUCGAUAUCUGGGAUUUAAAUUUGUUCAAACCCAUG